AUGAUCUUGGGACGAAAGAAGAAUUGGAUCUUCCCAUCGGUCACUCGGAGCUACUCAUCUCUGCGAAGCGCCCUCGUCCAGGGCCUGCUCGAUCGUGCAGAGGCAGCGCAAGAUCACGACGAGCGCUGCGAUCUCCUGGCCAGCGCGAUCCGGGAAUGCGGCACCAACACAAAUGCCCACGAUGCCAAUCUCCUCCACCAACGCAUCCUCGCGAUCGGCCUCGGCCGCGAGAGACUUCUGGCAAAUCUUACCAUAGAAAUGUAUGGCAAGCUCGGGGAUCUCUCGCGAGCGAUGGCGGCGUUCCAAUCCAUCGCCAACCCAAACGCUUUCUCGUGGACGAUUCUCGUGGUAGCGUUUGCCCAGAAUGGGCAUUUGCUCGAGGCACUGUUCUUCUUCCGGAAGAUGGAGCUGCAAGGGAUCAAGCCCACGAUCUUCCCCUGCGCGGCGGUGAUCGGCAUCGCCGCGAGCUCGCGAGACCUCGCGCUGGGGCGAUGGAUGCACGCCAGGAUCGUCCACCAGGGCCUCCGGAUCAACGCCGUGGUGGAGAACAGCCUCGUCAACAUGUACGCGCGAUGCGGCAGCCUCGGCGACGCGAUGGAGGUCUUCGAUGCCAUGCUCGAUCGCGGCGUGAUCGCGUGGACGUCGCUCAUCGCGGGGUUCGUCCAGCGCGGGGAUCACGCCCGCGCGCUAGGGCUCUUCCGGGCUAUGGCGCUCGAAGGAGUCAUGCCAAACGAUAUUACGUUUAGCUCGGUGCUAGAUGCGUGCUCCGGCGCUGGCGAUCUCGCCCAGGGCAGGAUCGCGCACGCCCAGAUCCUCGAAUUCGCCGCUGGAGCGAUCGAUCCCGCCACUGGCGCCGAGAUCGUGGCCAUGUAUGGGCGAUGCGGUAGCGUGGGCGAUGCCGAGCGCGCGUUCCAGGCGAUCGAUCGCCCCGAUCUCGGUCUCUACAACGCGAUGAUCACGGUCUACGCCCAGACCGGCCGCGGCGAUCGCGCGCUGGAGCUGAUCCAGCAAAUGCGGGCACGCGAGAUCCUUCCCGACGAAGGGACCUUCGCUAGGGUUCUUAGCUCGCUCCACGACCGCGCCACGCUGGAGCGCGGCCGCGCGAUCUAUCUGGAGCUCGCGGCGGCGGGAUCACCGCUGGGAGUGGUGCUCCAGACCUCGAUCGUGAAGAUGUAUCUCAACGCCGGGUGGAUCGACGAGGCGGCGGAGAUCUUCUCGCGGAUGGAGUCGCGGGACAUGUUCUCGUGGACAGUGAUGAUCACAGCGCUCACGGAGAGGGGGCGGGGAAGAGAAGCGCUGGAUCUCUUUCGCCACACGCGGCUCGAGGGCCUGGAUCUCAAUCGCGUCGCGCUAAUCAGCGCGCUGGACGCGUGCGCGAGCCUGGGAUCGAUCAAGGAGGGCGCGCACAUCCACCAGGAGAUGAUCGCGGCGCUGGGGAUCACUCCAGACGCGGUGCUUGGAUCCGUGCUCGUCAAUCUCUACGGCAAAUGCGGCAGCCUCGCGGUCGCGAGCGAGAUCUUCGCUGCCAUCCCGCGCAAGGACGUGGUGUGCUGGAACGCCAUGGCGGGAGCUUACGCGCACCACGGCCGCCACGCCGCCGCCGUGGAGAUCCUCCGCGCCGCCGCCUUGGACGCCAUAGCGCUUUCCCAGGUGAGCUUCCAGUGCCUCUUCUACUCGUGCAGCCACCAGGGCCGCCUUCGCGAGGCGCGCGAGAAUUUCCACUCGAUGAUCGGCGAUCACGGCGUGGAUCCAAGCGACGAGCACUUUCGAUGCAUGGUGGAUCUCCUGGCGCGCGCUGGGAAGAUCGAUCGCGCGGAGGAGCUCAUCGCCGCCAUGCCCUACGAGCCGGUGGAGGUGGCGUGGACGAUGAUCUUGGGCGCGUGUAGGGUUCAUAUGGACGUCGUACGGGCCAACCGCGUGGCUGCCAUGGCGCUGGGCCAGCCAUGUACGGACGUGGAAUCUCCCUACAUUCUCAUCUCGAAUAUGCUCUCGGAUGAACAGGAGUUGGCGCUUUAA